ACUCCCUCCAAUUUCCUUUUUUAGGCCUUGGAAGCUAUCCAUCUAUUCAUCAUUGAAAAUCCCAUGUGGCAUGUGCCCACUCUCUUCUCUUCUUCCAUCCCCAUACCUCCCUCUCCUCCAUCCAAAAACUAAUAUUACUCCACUCUCCCUUUUCUCUCUCUUUCUCUCUCUCCUCUCCCCAUUAUCAAUUCCACAAUAAUCCAAUUUCUCUCUGCUUUCUAGGGUUUUGAAAUUGGAACCAAAGCUAAAGCUGCUCACCUCCCCUGAAUACACACAUACCCACAUUUAACAAUAAGGAAUCCAAUCCUUCACCUUUGCUUUUUUCAGAAGAGAAUAUUAGAGAAAGAGAGGCAGGCUCUCUCCCAUCCAAGUGAUUGUCUUUGCUCUGCUCCCAAGGCUUUUCCUGGAGAGAGAAAGUGGUGUUGGUGCUAACAUGUAGAGGAAUUGUCACAGAGAGAUAUGUUGGCAAUGGAGAAAGAUUUUGAUGCUAAGUUGAAGAUUCAGGGGAAUUCUUCUAAUGGUGCCAAUGUUCCGAGAUCCAAGAGCUUUGCUUUCAGGGCUCCCCAAGAGCAAUUCAGCAUUCAAGACUUUGAAUUGGGCAAGAUCUAUGGCGUUGGUUCCUAUUCCAAGGUUGUGAGAGCUAAGAAGAAGGACACAGGAACUGUCUAUGCAUUAAAGAUCAUGGACAAAAAAUUCAUUACCAAAGAAAAUAAAACAGCUUAUGUGAAGCUGGAACGGAUUGUUCUUGAUCAGCUGGAUCAUCCAGGAAUUGUGCGGCUAUUUUUUACAUUUCAAGAUUCCUUUUCACUGUACAUGGCACUUGAAUCCUGUGAAGGCGGAGAGCUUUUUGAUCAAAUAACUAGGAAAGGUCGUCUCUCUGAGGAUGAAGCUCGCUUUUAUGCAGCAGAAGUUGUAGACGCACUUGAAUACAUACACAGUAUGGGAUUGAUUCAUAGAGAUAUCAAGCCAGAGAACUUGUUACUUACAUCUGAGGGUAAUAUCAAGAUUGCUGAUUUUGGGAGUGUAAAGCCUAUGCAGGAUAGCCGAAUUACUGUUCUUCCAAAUGCAGCAUCAGAUGAUAAAGCCUGCACAUUUGUGGGGACAGCGGCAUAUGUCCCUCCCGAAGUCCUGAAUUCUUCUCCUGCAACUUUUGGAAAUGACCUCUGGGCACUUGGCUGCACCGUGUACCAAAUGCUUUCAGGAACUUCUCCUUUCAAAGAUGCAAGCGAGUGGCUUAUUUUCCAAAGAAUUAUAGCAAGAGAUAUUAGGUUUCCAAAUCAUUUUUCAGAGGAAGCUAAAGACCUCAUUGACCGGUUAUUGGACUUAGAUCCCAGCAGGAGACCAGGUGCUGGGCCAGAUGGUUAUGCUGCACUGAAGAUGCAUCCAUUCUUCAAGGGAGUUGACUGGAAGAAUUUACGAGGGCAAACCCCUCCAAAACUUGCAUUGGAGACGGGGUCAGUUGAGGGUGGUAGUCGUGAUAACUCAUGGAACCCCUCACACAUUGGAGAUGGUGCAGUAAGACAAAUUGAGGGUAGCAGUGGUGCCACAUCUUCUUCUGAAGCAUCUGGUCAUGUAACUAGGCUCGCUUCAAUUGACUCCUUUGAUUCAAAAUGGCAACAAUUCCUCGAGCCUGGGGAGUCAGUUCUUAUGAUCUCAAUGGUGAAGAAGAUUCAAAAACUGACCAGCAAGAAGGUGCAACUUAUCCUUACCAACAAGCCUAAACUGAUUUAUGUGGAUCCUGCCAAGCUAAUAGUGAAGGGAAAUAUAAUUUGGUCUGACAACUCUAAUGACCUCAGCAUCCAAGUCGCUACUCCGUCACAGUUCAAGAUUUGUACGCCAAAAAAGGUACUGCAAUUUGAGGAUGCAAAACAAAGAGCUUGGCAGUGGAAGAAGGCAAUUGAAGGGCUUCAAAAUAGGUGAAAUGCGUGGUUCUUUUGACAGACAUUUUUUUUUGGAUAUUACGAUAGUCUGGAGGAACAAGGAUGUGCCCCUGGUAAUUAUUAUUUAAUGAAAGAGGCUGGGGUCUGCGGAUUCAUCUUUUUCAAGGUGUAAAGCUCCCGUCCCUCUAGAUGCCUAGAACUGAGUAUGCGAUAAGGGUUUUUUUGCCCAUUUUCAUGCUUUGUGUGGCAUAAUUUUGUACUCUGUGAGGUCCUAAUUGUAGGGUCUGUAAAGGGGCUGGGAUCGUUAUUUGUUUAUUGUAUUUAAAAAGUAUCAUCCAUUAAUGAAA